AUGGACAGAAGCCUAAAAGAUCUAGACGAGGAAGAUUUAGAGAGUCGAGAUCGGAUGCCUUCUCUGAUACCAGGAGAAUGGAUUUGGGACGACAGAAUUAAAGGUUUAGUGUUUUACAGCUACACGGAAAAAGAAAAACCUUUAUUUACUUCGGUGCCAGCUUCAGUAUCAGCACCUCCUCGCGUCCAAAAAGAUAGUAUAUUUAAAGAAGUCUUCCACACCGCGGCCGUAGCGAAAUUCACCAAAUAUUUCGAACGAAAAGUAAAACCCGACGAUCCCAACGUAGUAAUUCUCCAAGAUUGCAAGGACGUUGUUCUCUACUCCACAGACGUGAAACUCCUUAAUCUCGAAUUCAUAAAAUUAUUCCAUACCAAAAACGUCGAUAUUUUCCUGCGAUCCUUAAUUGUCUACUUCCAAUUCUAUUUACAGGUUUGGAAUAAAUUGCAAUAUAGGAGAGCGGAGGCGGCGAGAAAAUUGCGCCAGCCGAGCGUGGACAUCUGGGAGGAUAAUCUCAGGGACGAUUUGGCCGAUCUCCGAUGCGUUGUGGCCAGAAAUUACGCUUGCCUGUUGACCGGAAUAGGCGAAUUCAGGAAAUACCAUCACAUGAAAGGCGAAAACAACAUGUCCCUCUCGGAGAAGGAUCGAAGGCGGUUCGAGCUGCUGUUUAAAGUCAGCGUACGCGUGAUUUGGGUGGCUUUGCAACGAAAAAACCUCACGCUUAUCGAAAAAGAGUUUGACAAACUUACGAGAACGAUACACUUUAGCCCGUCAGAGCACGACGAAUUUAAACGAGGUUCUUACGUUGCUUUGCCCGACGAAGAGAAAAUCCUCAGAGGAAAAGCCUUCACUGAAGAAGACAAAUUGCUGCAUAGGUCACCGUGCAUACAAGAGUUAACUAAUGGCGAUCACGAUUAUCGCUUAUUAUCCAUUGGAGUAACUGACAUUGAGGAUCGAAUCGAUCGAAUAACCUUCUUAGAAAUAGCAUACACAGCACCCGAAGAGCUGUUGGAGGAACUAUUCGUCGGGGUGGGUAUACUAGGCGUUCCGAAGAAAUUCCUCGAUCCCCUGUUGAACGAAGAUUUUCAAUCUACCAAGAAGAGGAGUUCUGUGAUGAAGCCGAUACCUUCUUUUGCUAUACCUCCCGGCAAACCCUACGACCUCACGAAAAUUCACGAGAGAUUGCACAUUGUUCCCUGUCGAUACAAAGAAUCAGCAACGGCCACAAACGCGCGCCGAGACCAGUGCAAAAUGUGGCUGGAUUACCUCAACAAGGACGGCCAAUUUCGGCGUUCCAGUGCUUUUAAAGAAGUACCUAUUGAGUAUAAAUGA